CGUUCGUAAACAGUAACCAGCGGUCUCCGUGGCAGCCGGAAUUCGCGACAGAGCGAGGCCCGAGCGGCUGGAUGAACAGAGGACCGAGCUCUGGGAUAGCGUCUGCCCGGAAGGUUUCAGCUUCGAAUAACUGGGUGAUUUUCCCGAGCGAUGGCGACAGACACGUUGUCAGAAGCUGGGCUACACUUCGAUGACCUGAACAAGCUGCGCAUCUUAGAUCCCGAAGUCCUGCAACAAACAACAGAACUGAAAGAUGAAUGUCGUGAUUUUGUAGACAAAGUUGGCCAUUUCCAGAAUACAGUGGGAGGAUUAAUCGAUCUUGUCGACCAGCUUGCUAAAGAAACAGAGACUGAAAAAAUGAAGGUUAUCGGUGCUCGGAAUUUACUAAAAUCCAUAACCAAACAAAGAGAAGCCAUGCAGCAGCAGCUACAAGCUUUAGUAGCAGAGAAGAAGAUGCAGCAGGAAAGAUAUCGUGUAGAAUAUGAAGCUUUAUGUAAAGUGCACGGCGAGCAAAAUGAAUUCAUUGACCAAUUUACCUUUCAGAAAUAACGGCGUACAAGACUCCAUCCCUCAGCUGAUCGCGGAUGUAUUUUUUUUACAGUGUUGUGGGUAUUUUUGGGAGGUGAACAAACAUUUCAUUCCAAUGUCAACCGGACAGAAUUUUGUAUGAUUUAUAUAGCUGUUAAAAGUUUUUUGUUUUUUUUUAAUAAUUUUAAGACAUCUCAAGCAAUGAUUUUUCCACACGGUAUGAGCUGUUUGUACGACGUCCCGUAAGCCAGAAGCCAUUUUUUUUGGCCUGUCGGCAAACCGAGUACUUUCUCCCCCUUGGUCCUCAAGCGCCCUUAUAACAUCUUCGCGUUUUGAUUGCCAGCAAACACAUUUUCAUAUAAAAAAAAAAAAAUCACAUUGACUAUUUUUAUGUGGAUACAUUUUUACACAUUUUAAUUAAAUUUCAAAUAAACUUUUAUUAUAAAUCAAGGCGCCAAAAUCUGGCGAGCGUGACGCAUUUGGUUCCCGAUGGGGUGUGUAUUCCUAAUCACAAUCGAGUGAAAAUGGAAUUUUAUCAUUUUAUACUUAUUUAGUCUAAUAAAAUAAUGCAGUGCAUGAUU